CAAUCACAACCCAAUAUCCUCAUAUCCUAAACCAUCACAAUGCGCCUCAGCAUCUACACCAUCCUCAGUCUAACCCUCCCCCUGGCCGUCACCGCCAACCCUCUCGUCAAACGCAAAGAAACAGAGUGCACCAUCGUCAGCCACGGCGAUGGAUGGGUCAACUGUCGGCGCCAGCCUCGUGUAAAUGGAGAAUACUGGGGUAAGGUUCAGAAUGGAGUCAAGUCGGAUUAUUUGUGCUAUGCCAUUGGGGAUUGCUAUGAGGGGAAUUGCACCUGGGACUGGAAUUUCGAUAUGGGGUGCUAUAUUAAUGGGUACUAUACGAGUUCGAAGUGCAGUACUGAUAACCUCCCCAAGUGCAAGGGGGAAAUCCCACAACUAUCUUAGAAAUUGAGCAAGAUAAUACCAUUAUAGCAAGAUAAUACCAUUAUUAUUUUCGUCUUUCGUGACUGGUGGUUGUGUGGCACUUUUAAUACUCAAAUACGAGGUUUCGCGAAAUGCCACCGUUUCUGGUAGUGAUCACCCCUUGGCAGUAGACACUAGUCAUGGAACUAAAGCGGCUUCACUUUCUAACUCACUCUGGAAGACUGUAUAAGGCUGCCCAUGGG